UAGAUGUGAGCAGGGCGAGGCUCAGGAUUGAAACUCUCAUGUUUCUCUCACACUUGAAGUGUUUGUGUGUGUUUCAGCUCCCAGACUCGUCUGUGUUCGAGGAAACGCAGCAGCAGGAUGGACCUCUCUAAAGCUUUAGGAGACCACACCCCAGGCUGGCCUGGGCCCCCUCAAGCUGGCUGGCCUGGUCAGCCCCCUCAAGCUGGCUGGCCUGGUCAGCCCCCUCAACCUGGCUGGCCUGGUCAGCCCCCUCAAGUUGGCCAGCCUGGUCAGCCCCCUCAACCUGGCUGGCCUGGUCAGCCCCCUCAAGUUGGCCAGCCUGGUCAGCCCCCUCAACCUGGCUGGCCUGGUCAGCCCCCUCAAGUUGGCCAGCCUGGUCAGCCCCCUCAACCUGGCUGGCCUGGUCAGCCCCCUCAAGUUGGCCAGCCUGGUCAGCCCCCUCAACCUGGCUGGCCUGGUCAGCCCCCUCAAGUUGGCUGGCCCUCUACACCUGGAAGUGGAAGUGGAGGUGGAGGUGCCUGCCCUGGACAAACCGACAACCAUGGAAGUGGAGGUGCCUGGCCUUCUCAGCCCAAAACACAACCCUCUCCACCUCUGAAAGUUCCGUACUCUCAGUCUCUUAAUGACGUUUCUGACAAAGUGAUCACCAUCAUGGGAACCGUUAACCCCAACGCCAAAAAGAUCACAUUGGAUAUGCACGCAGGGAAUGACCUGGCCUUCCACUUCAACCCACGCUUCAAUGACGAGGGAAAGAAGGUGAUCGUCAGGAACAGCAGGAUCUGCAAUAAGUGGGGGAAAGAAGAGAGAGACUGUCCCUGCUUCCCCUUCACUCAGGGACAACCUUUCGAGAUAAAGAUCCUCUGCACCAACACCGAGUUCAAGGUCGCUGUGAACAACUCACACCUGCUGACGUUCAGCCACCGGGUCAGAGACCUGAGAACCAUCAACUCAUUCAACAUCUACAACGAUGUCACGCUCUCCAAAGUCACCGUGAAGUAGCUGCCCUGAAGAAGAUCACAAGAUCUAGAUUGGAUCUACAGAGGAUCAGUAGAUCUUCAGUAGAUCCUCAGUAGCUCUUCAGUAGAUCCUCAGUAGAUUCUCAGUAGAUUCUCAGUAGAUCCUCUUGUUCUUCCUCUUGUUCUUCCUCUUGUUCUAAUCUGUUUGACUCAUUUAAAUAAAGGGUUCAUCUUAAACAUCA